GGUUGUACUCCGGAGUAAGCACCUUCAGGGUACUAGGAUGCCAUCACAAGCUGAUUGGAGGAUAAUCAGUCCACUUCAACCUAGACAAGGAAGGUUUACGAGGAAUAGAAUAGGACGUCGAGAGGGUGUGUGGGUCGUAGGAGUCUGCGGCACUAGUUUACCACAAAUAGAUGAAACUCGAUGCUUAGCUUGCCGGACCUCCAACUGCCGGAUGCUUGGAAUUAUGCCGAAUGUCCAGAUUUUCCGGAGUGCCCAGAAAGGGCGUACCCUCACUAGUGGAGAAUGAAAGAUAUUGUUCAUCAAUGACCGCUAUAUUAAGGGGACGUGGUGUAGGUAAUUAAUCACCAUGUCGGCAUUUAAAGAGCCGACU